UUCUUUCUCUCUCUUGAAGAGGUACUCACGUGAUUCCAUUUUUCUGUUGUACUAAUAAAAUUUCUUUCCUGCUUUUGUCUUCUCUGUUUCUGGGGAAUUCUGUAUUUUUUUGGGUCUUCUGAAACAGCAGAUCACAAUUUCACAUGCACUCAUCAUCUAUGUUCAUGUUGGUCUAUGGAGUUUCAAUGGGUUUAUGGGUUUUGUUUGCUGGAUCCCAUUGAUGAAGGAUUGUGUUUCCCGUGUUGAUAUGUUUAUUUGGGGUCAAAAUUUGGAAUCAAUUUAUGCAUUGUGGAUCUGUGUCUGCAGUUACCAAGCUUUUGAGCUUGUUCUUUUUUUCGAUGAUCAUCGGUAUUAGAGCUGCUUUAAUUAUCUUUAUUCAAUCUGGGUUGAUUUGAAUAAAGUAUCAUUCAAUCACAUACAUGGCUCCAACAGCAGCUUCUGAGUCCACAAUAAAGCCAACAGAUGUUUGCAUCGUUGGUGUUGCCCGUACUCCAAUGGGUGGUUUCCUUGGCACGCUUUCAUCAUUACCGGCAACAAAGCUUGGAUCUAUAGCCAUUGAGGGUGCCCUUAAAAGAGCCAAGGUUGAUCCAUCACUUGUACAAGAAGUUUUCUUCGGGAACGUGCUCAGUGCAAACUUGGGGCAGGCUCCAGCCAGGCAAGCAGCAAUUGGUGCUGGAAUUGCAAAUUCAGUGGUUUGUACCACCAUCAAUAAAGUCUGUGCCUCUGGGAUGAAAGCAACUAUGCUUGCUGCACAGAGUAUUCAGUUGGGUAUAAAUGAUGUUGUUGUUGCUGGUGGCAUGGAAAGCAUGUCCAAUGCGCCCAAAUACCUGGGAGAAGCGAGGAAGGGAUCUCGACUUGGACAUGACACACUUGUGGAUGGAAUGUUAAAAGAUGGACUGUGGGAUGUGUACAAUGAUUGUGGGAUGGGAGUUUGUGCUGAAAUAUGCUCCGAAAAUCAUAGUAUAACAAGAGAUCAGCAGGAUGAUUAUGCAGUUCAGAGCUUCGAACGUGGUAUUGCUGCUCAAGCUGCAGGUUCUUUCUCAUGGGAGAUUGUGCCUGUUGAAGUGUCUGGUGGAAGAGGGAAACCUUCUACCAUUGUUGAUAAAGACGAGGGCCUUGGGAAGUUUGAUGCCGCGAAGUUGAGGAAGCUUCGUCCUAGUUUCAAGGAAACUGGAGGCACCGUAACUGCAGGGAAUGCUUCCAGCAUUAGUGAUGGUGCUGCUGCUUUAGUCUUGGUUAGCGGAAAGAAGGCUGUUGAGCUCGGACUAGAGGUGAUUGCAAAGAUAACAGGAUAUGCUGAUGCUGCACAGGCACCGGAGUUAUUCACAACAGCUCCAGCUCUUGCAAUCCCAAAAGCUAUAUCUAAUGCUGGCCUGGAAGCAUCUCAGAUUGAUUUUUACGAAAUCAAUGAAGCCUUUGCGGUUGUGGCUCUAGCAAACCAAAAGCUUCUUGGACUUGAUUCUGAAAAGGUCAACGUACAUGGUGGAGCUGUUUCAUUGGGGCAUCCUCUAGGUUGCAGUGGCGCUCGUAUCAUAGUGACACUUUUGGGGGUUCUGAAGCAAAAGGGCGGCAAAUACGGAGUUAGUGGCGUUUGCAAUGGAGGGGGUGGUGCCUCUGCCCUUGUUGUAGAACUUCUGUAAUUUCAUUACUAGAGUGAUUUGUGACACAAUUGUAUUAGGAUGAAACAGCUUUAAUGUAAUCGAUGAGUUUUUUUUUAUGAGGGCGAGCUAUAAUAUUAGUGUCAAUGCUUGAUGAUAUACUAGCUACUCGCAUCAUUGGUGUUCUGGCAUUUUUGACUAUUAAUAAUGCAAUAAUAGUUUCGUGCAAUUAAAUUUAGUGAUAGUUUGAUGUUUACGGUGUAUCAAAAAAGUACUUAAAAA